CGCCCUCGAGUAGACAAUACAUCAGAAUUUUGUCGACAGUUUGCUACACCGUUUGAAUAUCUACCCAGUAUUGAAGAACUCACGUCCGCACUUUUUCGACCUUUUAACUUGAAAAUUCCUCUUUCGCCAAUUCUAUACCGUAAAUGUAAUAUAUUCCGUCAAAACUUUCCUAUUUCUGAUUAUUUUACCGACAAGGAUUCUUUUGAGAAAGCACAAUUCAAAGCUGAAAUUAUUUGCUUUCCAGAAGAAAUAUCUAAUUGGUGUAAUGUAGCUUUACAGGGAUCUGAAGUUGGUUCCAGUGAAUUUUCUCGAAUAUGUGAUUGGGAUAAUUUGCUACGUAACCCAACAGGUGUUUGUAGAAAUCGCUUUAGAUCAAAUUAUAUGUGGAUUACUGAUCGCAAAAUUGAUUCAUCAAUCACGUUAGCUGGUCUUAGAUCAGAUUAUUGGGAAUGUCUUAAAAGUGUCCUUGUUUUUAAAGGAGAAGAAAAGCCAACAAAUGAUGGCUUAAAUGAUGCAAAGUUUGAACUUAUUUCAAAGAUGAAAGCAUGGAAUCGUUGCCUUUUUGGUGAUCUUAAGUAUAUAUUUGCAUAUGCGGCAGGAGGAAGCCGUAUACAAUUUUAUACAAUUGACCCAUCAUUUAAUUUGCAUAUUAUUUCGGAUAUUUAUAAUAUACGAAACUUGGAGGAUCGGGUUAAGGUUCUUGUUAAUAUUUUCAACAUCCAUCGUAUUAUACGUUCUAUGGAACCAUUUUUGCCUGAUUUUGUUGUCACGCUUGCUCCCGUAGGAGUUAAACGGAAACCAAGAACAGAACUAGAAGUUAAAAUUGCCAUUCGUUGUAUAUUGGACGCGCUCGUGGCUCUACAUGAGUUAGGAUAUGUUCACCGAGAUAUUCGGUGGGAUAAUAUUCUGCAAUUGAAUGAUUAUAGUUGGAUAUUAAUUGAUUUGGAGUGUGCUGGCGUUGAUGGUGAAAGUGUGCACUUUGAUCUAAAAGGCUGGGCACCUGAGGCAAUUGAAACCAAAGUAUACACAACAAAGGCAGAUGUUUAUAUGGUAGGAAGGCUACUUAGAAGAGUUUUCAUUACAUUUUCUGAAGAAGCGCGUGCGUUUGAGAGAGCUACCACUGAGUUUCGUUUAACAGCUCAAGAAGCUCGUCAACACUCCUGGCUCUCAGAUAUUAGAGAUUAUACCAAAUAA